AUGUCGGGCGAAACCAAGGACUUGAAUGACAGCUUCGACAGUGCCCCUGGAGGUCGCAACUCGGGCGAAGUCACAAAGCCUGGCGAGGGCGAUGUUGGAGACAACACCCCGGACUAUAUCCCCAAAGGAUUCUCCAAGAAGGACAUUCAGAAUAUGGGAGGAAGCUUGAAGGUGCAUGUGCGAUUGGCCCUUGAGGUGGACAUCCGGGUUAUUGCCAAAGUCAAGGGUGAUAUCUGCCUCGGCAUCCUGUAA